AUGAAGCUUAACAUCUCAUACCCGCAAACUGGUAAGGUAAAAACAGUUGAAAUUGAUGACGAAAAGCGUCUUGUGCCUUUCUACGACCGAAGAAUUGGAGCCGAAGUUUCCGCUGACACUCUCGGCCCUGAAUGGAAAGGUUACAAAGUAAAGAUAACCGGAGGAAAUGACAAACAAGGUUUCCCCAUGUUGCAAGGUAUUCUCUGCAACCACAGAGUAAGAAUUUUGAUGAAAAAGGGUAUGAAGUGUUUUAGAGAAAGAAGAAAGGGUACUGCUAAGAGAAAAUCCGUCCGCGGAUGCAUCGUCGGUUCUGAUAUUUCCGCUUUGAACCUCAUCGUUGUCUCCCGUGGCGAAAACGAAAUCGAAGGUUUCACCAACGUUGUCACUCCGAGAAGACUCGGGCCCAAGAGAGCUUCCAAAAUCAGAAAACUGUUCGGCUUGUCUCCAGAAGACGAUGUUAGAAAAUUCGUUGUCCGUCGUGUUGUUUCUGAAAAGAAAGCCAAGGCUCCUAAGAUUCAGAGACUUGUUACUGCCGAACGUCUUGCUCGUAAAGCCGCCUACAAGAACGAACUUUGCAGACGCGCUGACAACUCUAAAAAAGCUGCAGAAGAAUUCCAAGAAGUUCUCAAAGCGUACAAACAAAAGAAGCUCGCAGCUAUGGAAUCUCUCGUUAGUGCUUAA